CUGGAGGAUCCUGCGCCCCAGGAUGGGUAACCCCAGCCCAGGCCCCUCCCAGACCGCCGAACCCCCCGACGGGGGCUGGGGGUGGAUGGUGUUGGGAGGCUGCUUCGUGAUCACGGGGUUCUCCUACGCGUUCCCCAAGGCGGUCAGCGUCUACUUCAAGGAGCUGAUGCAUGACUUCCAUAUCGGUUACAGCGACACUGCCUGGAUCUCCUCCAUCAUCCUCGCCAUGCUCUACGGCUCAGGACCCCUUUGCAGCAUCAUGGUGAAUCGGUUCGGUUGCCGGCCUGUGAUGCUGGUAGGUGGUUUACUGGCCUCGUCUGGGAUGAUAAUCGCUUCCUUCUCCAUAAACAUCACCCAGCUCUACAUGUCGGCUGGGGUGGUUACAGGUCUGGGCUUGGCCUUGAACUUCCAGCCUUCCCUCAUCAUGCUGGGCAGGUACUUCGACAAGCGGAGGCCGCUGGCCAACGGGCUGGCGGCGGCGGGGAGCCCCGUCUUUCUCAGCGCCCUGUCGCCCAUCGGGCAGCUGCUGCAGGACGCCUACGGCUGGCGGGGGGCCUUCCUCAUCAUGGGUGGCCUGCUGCUCAACUGCUGCACGUGCGGCGCCGUGAUGAGGCCGCUGGAGAGCCUGAAGGGCCGGGGCGGCGGGCGGCCCGAGGCCAGGGAGAUGCUGCCGCCGGACAAGGCCGACGCGGAGCAGGAGGAGAACUCGGGGCGGCCCGGAGCCGGGUCUGGGAAGGGAGCGGGACGGAGUCGGAGCAAGCUGCUGGACUUCAGCGUGUUCCGGGACCGGGGCUUCCUCUUCUACACCAUGGCCAAGUUCAUCCUGGUGCUGGGCCUCUUUGUGCCGCCCAUCAUGAUCGUGAACUACGCCAAGGACAUGGGCGUAGCUGACACAGAUGCCGCCUUCCUGCUCUCCAUCAUUGGCUUCAUCGACAUCUUUGCCCGGCCGCUGAGCGGGCUGCUGGCGGGACUGCCCCUGUUCCGGCCCCGGGUCGCCUACUUCCUCAGCUUCUCCAUGCUGUGUAACGGGCUGACCGAUGUGCUGAGCGCCAAGGCGGCCACCUACACCGGCCUGGUCACCUUCUGCGUCUUCUUCGGCAUCUCCUACGGCAUGGUGGGUGCCCUGCAGUUCGAGGUGCUGAUGGCCAUCGUGGGCUCCCAGAACUUCCCCAGCGCCAUCGGCCUGCUGCUGCUGAUCGAGGCCAUCGCCGUGCUCAUUGGACCCCCAUCCGCAGGGCGCCUGGUCGACACGUUCAAGAAUUACGAGCUCAUCUUCUACAUGGCAGGGACGGAGCUGAUCGCCUCGGCCGUAAUCCUGUCGGGAGCGUUCCGCUUCUGCCUCAAGCGGGAGCGGCCCCGGCAGCAAGAGGGGAGGGUGGAGGAGGAGGGUGUGGUCCUGGGAGAGGUGUCAGUGGGGGCAGAGGGCGCAGGGACAGGGGAGGGAAGCCUCGCGGGUGAAGGGUCCCGGGAGCAGAGGUCAGACACGGUGACGGAGGGCCAGCGGGAAGGGUGCACUGAAGCAGCGGCAGAGAGCAGAGCGGAGGGAGAAUCCCCAGAGCAGCCGGUGAACCAGCAACUCGGGGACCAAACCCCCGAGGACAGCGAACCCCACCCCAAUUAG